UAAGUAAAAUUGAUAGUAAAAGAUUGAAGAUCUUAAAGCGCUAUUUUUGAACAUGAAAUGAAUUACGCAGGUUAUUUAUUACCCGUGCUUGCAACAAACAUACAAAUGUCAAUUACUGGAUACCACAGUUUACGAUUUAUUUUAAUUUUAUUUCUGAAUAUCCAUCUGUGUAAGUCGGAACUCGGACAUAGCUAUUCGAUGCUACAAUAUGGACGAAAACUGGAAAAAAGGAUGAUAUCGUCGUAUAUUAAUUACAGUAUUCUGGAUUGUGUGGAGGAAUGUCUGAGAACAACACGAUGUCGGUCCGUCAACUAUCACCAGGGAGCCCACUUCUGUCAGACCAACUUUGAAAACUGGACAAAUGAACCUGAUCUCUACAUAAAGAAUUCUGGCUGGAUAUACAGCGAUAUAGACAACUGGGACAGGGAGAUUACAGGAGCAUGCUUGCAGUCAGACUGUGCCAUUAACGAAAAGUGCAUUCCAAAACCGUUUAACCAGUUCACCUGCAUCCUUUCAGAUUGCGGAGUACCUAGUGAUGAAGGCUACUCAAUGGAAAAUGUACAAGAAAACGAUGCCAUUGGUAUAUCAAGGAGAAUUCAUGUAACUUGUACAGCCGGAUACAACAAAGAAGGUUCCGAACUCCUUGUUUGUCGAUCUGACGGUGUCUGGAAAACAAAUUUGAAAUGCACCAAUAAUCAAUUCAGUAAAACGGCUUGUGAGAAAAAAGAGAUGAAACUAGAUUGCGCAGCUGGAAACAUUAGCAUCGUGGAAGCCAUAAAGGACUGUGGACCAGGGAUGGACAUCACCGUCAUUAUGAAUGGCCUGAAACCAGACCUCAGCACAGAAGUAAUCAAGGCGGACCCCCCAGACGAUGGAGGACCUGAGGAACGUGGCAAAGCGACGCCGAACGACCACCCCGACGGUGCAGGAAUCUUUAAACUUGCUCUUUUAAAUGCAUUACAGGAUAUGCGUGAGGAUGUGCGGAAAAACCGUCAGCAACACCAGCGAUGCCUUAACUACAUUGUACCAGCCUCUUCGAGAAUAUCUUAA